CCCAAUCGGCCACCAUUGUUGGAUGUGAUCCUUGUGCAUAGUUUGAUAUAAUUUGCUUUAUUCUAACAGCUAUCAGUGAUAUUUAUAAAAUUCCGUAAAAGGCUAAAGUGUUCAUCAAUCAAAGAACAUUAAUUCAACUUUAAAGUAUCGGUGCAGUGCAUAUUUUCAAACCUUAAAUGCGUUCAAAAUGUCACGCGAAGUGAGCUUCAGAUUUGUGAACACCAUACCGUACUUGAAAUAAAUGUGGUUUACUUUUGAAUAAACCUAUCAAUAAGUGAAUAUAUGUGCGGUGUUUAUUUCACGAUGUCCAACAAAUGCAAUGGAUGCUUAAAUUUAUAACAUAAGCUAAUGAAAACGUUUUAGAACUUUCUGUACACGUCGUAAGGGAGCGCAGUUACGCGGGCGAAGGCUUCAAAGUUGCCGGCAACAUUAUGGUGGACUAAAGGAGUGUUUGUUACGAAAUAGGAAUUAAAUACAUUUUGUAAACAGUGCCGCGAGGACUCCGCACACGAUGUCUGGCGGGUCGCAGCACAAUCCCAAUGGUAGACAGUCGCAAAUCGGAUCGGGUUGGAGCCCCUUGCAGUUACAGGUGGCGAACCUCCUUGCGCGCGCGCCGCAAGCCCACAUGGCGUCGGAGCGCGGCGUGACGUGGCACACGCCGACGCCGCCGCCGCACCUCUACCACGUGCCGGCGCCCUCGCCCCCGGACCCGCUGCAAGGUCUCUUGUUGCAGGCGAUGAAGAGCGGCGCGAACUCGGUGUUCCGACACACGGCGACGCCGCCCGAGCUCUACCGACACACGCCCACGCCGCCCGACAAACACAUGCUCAGGCAUACUCCUUCACCAGGCGAUGUUAAAGCAGGGGCAGCUUUACCUCCGAACGAUCUUUAUCCUCAUUUGGCGCCAGGAAGAGAUAAACUAAUGCGAGCAGACGAACUCUUAGCAUACGCGCGUGGUGGCGUGGAUCUCACUGUGGGUGGACCUCGUGGUGCCAAUGGUUCCCCCGCGCCCAUUCACCCCUCCACGGGAGCUCCUGCCCUGUCAGUGCGGGAUGCACCCACGAUCAACAGUCUCAUCGCUCGUGCGGCGCCGCAUGCGCGCCCCGCGCACGCGAGGGUGGAUGCGUUGCUGGAGAGACUGUCUGCAGCGCCUGCACCCGCGUCUCCCCACUCGGUCAUUGUGCACUCUCGUGCCGCACCCACGCCGUCGCCGCCUUCCUCCAAUGAGGACUCGGCAGACUCUUGUGGAGCACCACCGGGAUCGAAACGAAAAAGGAAACCUGAGCGCACGUUACGUGUGCCCGUCCCGCCGCCCCCGCCUCUUGAUAUACCCAGACACUCAUCUCCGCCUCGAGUUUCACCUUUAACUACACAACCACCUCUUGAAAAUGGCGACAUAGUACAUUCAACUCAAAACGGACCAGAAAAACCACCUACACCACAACCACCCGAACCUCAUGCGAGAAGAAAAACCCGCUCCGGUUCAGCUGAAACUAUAGAUGACAUCGCUGCGAUGAUCGCCAGUACAGACGCAGAACGUAGAGACACAGCUAUAGAACCGACCCCACCACCAGAAACGGAUGUGCCAGUUACAGUAGACAAAUUAAAGAGCGUCUUAGCUAGUCCUGAACCCGAAGCAAAGUCACCUAUACCCGAAAAACCUCCAACCCCGAAGUCACCAGAACCUGAAAUAAAGCCUCCACCUCAAAAAUCACCUCUCCCUAAAAAAGACGAACCAGAACCACCUCCAGCGACGGCUGCAGCGCCCAGGCGGCGAAGUGCAAGAACUUCGAACUCGGAAUUAACUAAUGUACCUGUGGGAUCGCCGUCUGAAGCGAAGCCCGCCGAGCCGGAGGCUAGCGAAGCGGGAAGUGCCGAACCAACCGCAGCAAGCUUCGUCGAAGUCGAAAAUCAACUAGAAAAAAUGUUUGCUGGAUUAGAAGAGGAAGCACCUACAGGAACGGAACCGGCAGAGAAAGGCUUGAAUGAGAAGAAACAAACGGCCAAAGCCCGAAAGAGGAGAAAAUCGGCUCCGACAAAAGGAGAGAGAAAGGCGUCGAAGCGAGCGAGUCGCGCGUCAACAGGUGAUGAGGCUCCAAGACGAAAGACAGCUAGGAAAAAAGGCGUUGAGAAGAAAAAGAAAGAAGCCCCUGUCAAAGAUGCAUAUGAUUCGGGAAGUAAUGCGAGCUCCAGUCGGUCGAGAGGACCAUACAUACAGAUUGUCGGACCUCGAGAUUCUCCAGUAUCAGUCUCAGUGGUCAACGCAUCUGCCAGUGCAACGGAAGAGGAGCGACGGACCGCCGGCGACGAGUGGCGCAAUGGACUUCGUGCGAGAGGCUUACACGCUAGCACGCUAGGCCUGCGGUAUGACGCUUCAACUCCUGACGCGUCGUGGUUAUGCGCCUUUUGUGAAAGAGGCCCGCAUUCGUCUGGCCUGGGAGAUCUAUUCGGACCCUACGCUAUUGAUAUUAAUUGUGAAGAAUUUAGAUCGUUGGACGAGGCAUCAAAACGACGGUUCGCGUCAUCAUCAGGUGGCGCAGAAGUUUGGUUCCAUGAAUCGUGUGGUGUAUGGGCACCAGGGCUCUUAGCUGCGGGGUCUCGCCUGUGGGGCCUGGCCGCGGCGGUGUGCGGGGCGCGGUCCGCCCGCUGCGGGAGCUGCGGCCGAGCCGGCGCGGCCUUGUCGUGCGCCACCCGCGCGUGCCGAGCCACCACACAUGUGCCCUGUGCCACCGCCUGGACCCUGCACGAUGACUUCCGCGCGCAUUGCCCAAGACAUGCCUAGCGACUACAUACGUCCGCGUCGAAUGUCACGCAGCCAGUGAAAGUGUUACCCUAGUGAUCUGUGAACGAAACGACGCUUGGACCAACGAGGCAGACAGACAGAUGAAAUUUUGUUACCUGAUUGUGUUUAGUGAAGGUGACC